GCCGCCCACACCGCUCUCCACAGCGAGCUCAAGCUCCUCGACACUGCCGUCAACGACGAUGAGCGCAGAACAGGAAGAAUAUCUGGCCGUGCUGAAGGCAUCGUACGACUACGAGCCGCAGUCGGAGGACGAGAUCGAGAUAAAGGAGGAUCAACUAUUGCUGCUCAUUGAACGCACUGACGAUGACUGGUGGAAGGUCAAAGUCAAGGGUGAUUCCCCAGACGAUGAAGGUCCCUCAGGUUUAGUCCCAUCAGCCUAUGUCGAACCAGCACCGCAUACCAACUCAGUCAAGGCCCAAUAUGACUACGCUGCAACGUCUCCAGGCGAGAUCACAGUCAAGGAGGAUCAGAUCUUGCUCGCGUUCGGACCGGAAGAGGAAGGAUGGUUGCUUGUGUUAGAUGAAGAGAACAGCAAGGCGGGCUACGUUCCAGCGAACUAUGUUGAAGAGAUAUCUGCCGACGGAGAGGCCGCACCUACCAAUGGCCUCGGUGGCAUCGUUGUCCCUGAUUCUCCACCACAGCCACCUCGCCCGGUCAGUACCUAUGUUGAUCCCGCGGACCUCGUCGCCGCCACAGCCUCGAAAGCCAAGGCCGACGAUAUCAAGACCUGGUCUAUCACCGAAAUCGACAAGAAAGGGAAGAAGAAGAAGGGAACGCUUGGUAUCGGGAACGGCGCAAUCUUCUUCGCUUCUGAAUCCGACAAGACUCCAGUUCAGAAAUGGCAGACCUCAGCGAUCACGUCCUCUGGUCCCUCUCCCGACAAAGCCAAACACAUCCUCAUCGAGAUCUCCUCCCCCGAGCCCGUCUCCCUUCACUUCAACGCAGGUUCCAAAGACACGGCCGAUGCCAUUCUCACCAAACUCGAGACCUCGCGCGCCAUCGCUACGUCCUCUGCCUCUCCUCCACCUGCUGCAGCCGCGGAAGAAAGCGGACAUAGGGACAGGAACCUUCCUCCGCCCUUGAGGUCCGAGACACCAGGCAAGAAGAACGCUUCGGUACAUUUCGCGGAGUCCAGUCCUGCUAUAAUACCCCCUCGAUCCCCAUCCGCUUCGUCUUCGGACGGUGGUGCCGAAGCUGAGCAAGAAGAGGAGCCGGAAGCGACGCAGCUGAAUGGGCAUGGUGCAGAGGUGGAUAAUGGGUAUGGCGACGGGGAGGGCGAGCAUGCGGUGGCGUUGUAUGAUUUCCAGGCGCAGGGAGAGGACGAGUUGAGUGUGGGUGAAGGGGAUAAGUUGUGGGUUUUGGAGAAGGAUGGGGAUGAGUGGUGGAAGUGUAGGAAUGCGGCGGGUGAGGAAGGUGUGGUGCCCGCUUCGUAUGUCGAGCCAACCGGUACUGGCUCCCUUCCUGCACGAUCCUCAGCAGCUGUUGAAGAGGAGGAGGAAGACGAUCCAGCGGCUCGCGAGGCAGAAGAACAGGCCGAAGCGGAGCGUCGAGAGCGUGAACGGAAGAAGCAGGAACAGGACCGGGCGAAGGCGGCUGCGGCUGCGGCUGAGGCCGAACGCAAGAGGAAGGACAAGGAAGCUAGGGAAAGAGAGAAGGAGCAAGAGGCGAAGAGGUCGCGAGAACGGGAACGGGAGAAGGAGCGGGAGAGGCAGGAGAAGGCAGCACAGGAGGAGGCGAGACAGAGAGCGAUGGAGGAGGUGGAGAGGAAGAGAGGGAAAUCCAAGAAGGAUGACGGCGCUCGUCGUUCGACUGACAAUAAAGGUCCUCCUCCGCCAGAGACGACCCGGGUGUGGCACGAUAACACUGGCCGUUUCCGCGUUGAGGCUGCCUUCCUUGGUGUAUUUGACGGCAAGCUGAGACUGCAUAAAGUUAACGGGGUCGUCAUCGAUGUCCCCGCGGAGAAGAUGUCAGAGGAAGACAUACGUAUCAUCGACAAGCUAACGAAGGGUAGGCGUUCUCCUCAACCUCCUGCUAAGAGGUCCGGCGACGACGACGAUACUCCACUGGCCGUCAGGAGGGACUCGUUGCACCCCGAAUCGACUGGUAGGUCGAGUACUAGCGGCAGCAGGAAUGGAACUCCGACGAGGAGUUCAACGAUGCCCGCGCCGAAGAAGAAGGGUCCGACUAUCGAUUGGUUCGAGUUCUUCUUAAACGCCGGAUGCGACCUUGACGAUUGCACGCGUUAUGCUUCAGCCUUUGAGAGGGAUAAGAUGGACGAGACUAUCCUGCCAGACAUCACAGAGGCUACAAUGCGUCUGCUUGGACUUCGUGAGGGUGAUAUCAUCCGCGUCAAGAAGGCCAUCGAACAGCGUCACCCCAAAUCCGCCUCUCCCGCUACACCUAGCGAUACGGAACAAAUCAAGAGGGACGAGGAACUUGCGCGUGCAUUGCAAGCCGAGGACGGACCAUCGAAAUCAGCAUCUCCCGCCCCGAAUCUCUUCGCCGGUCCCGGAGGCGCACUCAAGACAGCCCGUCGCGGUCGUCCUCAGCCGAGCAAGAGCACGCCACCCAGUGCGGUCGACAUCAACGCCAUCUCCUCCGCGUCCGAACAGAUCCAGCGCGUUCAGACCCCACAGAGUCCCGUUCGCCAGACUUCUUCUCCUGCUCCUGCACUGGUGCCACAACGGACGGGUUCGGCGGUAGUGAGCGGGUUUGAUGACGAUGCGUGGACCAAUAGACCGAGCUCUACGAAACCCACACCGACUCCGGCUGCCGCUCCUGCCCGUGCACCCUCCGCACCUCCCGCGCCUCCUCCAGCUCCUGCCCAAACUCAGGUCGCGUCGCCACCCCCAACUCAAGCUCCGGCUCCUGUUACUGCUGCUCCUGCUCAAGGCCUCGCGAAGACGACGGAAUCGGAUAUCUUUGAUCAGCUCGCGAGGCUGAGUCAGUUGAAAGUUGCGAGCCCGCCGGCUAUGGCUCAGUCCCCUUCGAAUAGUUCUGCUGCUACUGGCUCUCCUUCAGUAGUUUCACCGCCACCUGCCAGCUACGGUGUCGGCAUGGGCAUGGGACCGUCGCCUGUCCCGAUGGGCCAACAUCUCCAGGCUCAACAGACAGGGAUGUACCAGCAGCAACCCCAGCAACUCCAGCAGAACGGUCCUCGCGGUCCUUUUGCCCCCGUCCCGGCGAACCAGGGUCUCCUCCAACCCCUGAUACCUACGACCACAGGGUUCAACGGCUUCAUGCCCACCCGGGCUUCCACCACAUCUCCAUUCCAGUCCCAGCAACCUCAACAGCCACAGAUGUCCCAGUUCAACCCGCAACAGCCGUCGUUCUUGAGUACGCAACCUACAGGGUUCGUCCCGCCACAGCAGACGGGCUUCAACCCCACCCCUUCGCCUUUGACGACACAGCCGACUGGGUACAUGGGCGGUGUGGGUGGUGGACAGUUUGGAGGCUUCGCGAAUACGCCGCAGCCGGUGUCGAGUUUCCAGACUGGUGCAAUGGGAGGGUCGUUCGGAGGGGGAUUGCAACCUCAACCGACCGGAUUCAAUCCUGGAUUUGGACAGUCUCCGUUCGGUAGUGGUUCGAUGAUGGCUGGAGUACCGCCAGUACCGCCCUUGCCUCAGCAGCAGCAACCCGUUAAGGACACUUCGCCUGCCAAUAUCUUUGCGCAAAUGAAGGCGGGGACAUUUGGGAGCGAGUCGGCGCCACAAUCGUCUGACAAGUACGAUGCCUUGCGUCCCAAUCCCACUCCCCUGGCAGCGCAGCCUACUGGAUGGGGAGGUUACACAGGUUACAACGGCGGAUACACUGGAUACCAAUAGACCUCCUUUCUCCCUUUUGAUACGAGCCAUAUUUACAGCAUCGACGCCACAUCAUAGCCUCGGACGUUGUGUACACAACGACAUCUGCCGUCCCCCUUUGUAAUAUUUCUUCGUCUGAUUCCGUCGUGGAUUCGCUUCCGUUCAUUCCUAGCCUAUUCUAUUCUCUCCUCUUUUUCUUUGGAUUGCGACCUUAAAUCGCUUCGCCCUUUCGUUAGCCUGCUCCUUUGCGAUUCAGAAUCACUCUCGUUUUCUUGUUUCCUCGUUUCUCGCUUCGACUUUCAUGCUAUCUCUUGUUUGGCGAUCUCAAUCUCAAUCUCAA